AUGGAGCCUCUUGGCGGCAAACAUGCGUCCCCGGUCUGCAAGUCGAUGUCUAUGGUCUUGCUUGUGUUCGCUGUUGCCUUUACCGUCCUCUACCUACUGGUCUCUCAUAUUCGACAAACCUCACAACAUCAUACAAAGAAGAACCUGCCCUUGCCUCCUGGGCCGCCUCGACUACCCAUCCUCGGAAAUGUCUUCAAUAAACCAGACGUACACUUCAACUGGUUGACACACUACCAAUGGAAGUACCUAUACGGACCAAUCGUGCAUUACGAGAAGGGAGGACAGUCCCACAUCAUCUUAACAACGGUCGAAGCGGCCCACGAUCUUCUGAACAAGCGAGCGAGCAAUUAUUCAGGACGCACAUUCAGUCCUUACGCAGGAGAGCUUGUUUGUAAUAACUACAACAUGCUUUUCCUACAGUACGAUACCCAGCUCCGACUGCAUCAAAGACUUCAUGUUCAGGGCCUGAACCCUCGUUCCGUGGCGCUGUACCAUCCUCUAAUAGAGCUGGAAUCGCUUCAACUGCUCAACGACCUGCUUUCAGAGAUUGAGGAAAAGAGUGAUGAGAAAUCAAUGGGAGCUGCUUUGAACCCUCACUGGCACUUUCGACGUGCAGCAUCCAGUAAUGUGAGCAUGAUAGCCUGGGGCUACCGACUGUUGAGGGACAACCCCGAGCAUAAAGCACAAAUCAAAUUCUUUGACGUCGCUCCAACAUCGGUAGUCCUGAAAACCACACCGACGUGGUACGAUACCUUUCCUUGGCUCAGAAAUCUUCCCUACGCCAUUUCUCCGUGGAAACGAGCGGCUAAAAUUCUCUUCGAGCGCGAGGAGUCACACUACUUGUCAAAUUAUCGCAGCGCCUUGAAGAGACCCGGUUACAAUCUCAGCAAACAGGCAUGGACUGUGGGAACAUUGACCUUGGCCAAUGGUGAUACCAGCGUUGCUAUUCUGUGUUGGUUUGUCGUUGCCAUGUUGACGUACCCACGUGUCUUGCACAAGGCUCAAGCCAUGGUUGAUGAGGUUGUUGGCCAAGAUCGUUUGCCUGUUUACGAAGACCGGGAGAAAAUGCCCUACGUUGACGCAAUGAUCGAGGAAGUGAUGCGGUGGCGGCCCAUUCUACCGGCAGGACUGGACCAUGCAACCGUCGAGGAAGAUGAGUACAAGGGAUACAGGAUCCCGAAAGGAGCUACGGUGAUUCACUCCCAGUGGGCGAUCACUCGAGACAAAGAGGUAUAUGGCGCGGACUGCGAUGACUUCAGGCCGGAGAGAUGGGUCGAGAACGAAGAUUUACCCAGGACCGCCUUUGGAUACGGAAGGCGACUUUGCCCGGGCAGGCAUGUAGGCAGAGAAGGGCUGUGGAUAUUGUUUGUCCGACUCAUUUGGGCAUUUCGGCUUGAGCAGACGACUAAUCCCGUCACUCUGAAAAAGACGGUGGUGGAUCCGAUGUGCAUGUUGCCGGCGGGCUUCGUUAUUGGGCCCGAUUCUUUCGAAGCACUGUUCAUUCCUAGGGGUCCAUGGGUUGAAGCCCUCGUACACCAAAACCUUCAAAGCGCAGAGAAGGAUGUUGAUAAGAUUAUGGAGCAAGUGGAGCUCGAGAAGAGAUUUUGA